UGACAUCUUAUAAACUGGUGUAGACAAUGGGAGAGCAUUAUUCAUGACUGAACGGUUUCAAGACGCUUGGUUAUCUGUUUUGACUCUCCCCAGAGACAGAACAUGAAAAUAUUAAGUUCAACUGUUGACUAUGAAACCAACGUCUAUAAUUUCACAGAUGAAUUUAUAUCUGAUACAACUGACUACGAGUCUGAGCUGAGUGGAUUAUGUAACAAAGAAUAUGUGCGGCAGUUCAGUAAGUCCUAUGAGCCACCGCUUUAUUGGAUCAUCUUCGUCAUAGGGGCUUUGGGCAACCUGCUUGUCGUUUGCAUCUUCACAACGGUGCGAAACCGCCUCAAGACCAUGACUGAUGUCUACCUGCUGAACCUAGCAGUGGCUGACCUUCUCUUCCUUUGCACGUUGCCCUUCUGGGCAACAAAUGCUGCCCAGGGUUGGGUGUUCAACCAGAUCAUUUGCCAAGGAGUUUCUUCGGUCUACAAGAUCAACUUCUUUGCCAGCAUGCUCUUACUCACUUGCAUUAGCGUGGACCGCUACAUUGCCAUUGUCCACGUAACCGAAGCUCACAACUACAAAAAGAAACGCAUGCUGUUUAGUAAAAUAACUUGCGUGUUUGUGUGGGUUGCCUCUUGCCUCGUAGCUCUACCAGACUUCAUCUUCGCCAAAGUAAAAACUUAUGAGCACCAGCCCAAUUCUUGUGUCCUGGUGUAUUCAACCUUAGACAAUAACCAUACCAAAGUCUUGGUGUUAGCUUUACAGAUCUGUGUUGGCUUCCUACUUCCCUUGCUGGUCAUUGUAAUAUGCUACUCAGUCAUUAUUCGUAAACUCAUGCAGUCUCGAAGCUUUGAGAAACACAAAGCCCUGAAGGUCAUCUUUGCGGUUGUGGCAGCUUUUAUUCUCUCCCAGUUGCCAUUCAAUGGGUAUCUGAUCAUAGAGGCUGCCCAAGCUAACAACGCCACAAUAACAGACUGCACUGUCAUACAAAGUUUAGAAAUGUCUGGCCAAAUCGUUAAGUGUCUGGCCUACACACACUGCUGCCUGAAUCCCAUCCUGUAUGUUUUUAUUGGGGUUCGUUUCAGGAAGGAUCUCUUAAGCCUGAUUCACCGUCUGUCUUGUGGGCUGGGAUUGGUCGACAACAGCAAAUUGCAACCAGUUCCUAAGAGGCCUUCUGUUAUGUCCGACACAGACACCACCCCAGGGUUUUCCUUAUAGACCAACUCACCAAUGUUACAGUACUGACAAUUUUUUCAAAAUCUGCAUUUACAUCGACAUAUGUUUUUAGCAUGUUAUCGGAGGGAUGUUUUCCUGCUUGUCCUUAUAAUAACAGCCCUUAUAACCACAAACAUUACUGGGCAAGGCCUGAGUCAUAUGCUUCAUCGUAGUAUGAUUCUUACAGUUUAUGCCUGUAUUCUCUGACAGUACAUGAUGGAAGAUUUUGUAUAUAGUCUGUACCUGAGCAUUCCACACUGAUUGGAUUUUGGGAAGGAUGAUUAGAGGGGUGUAAUGUAUUUUGUAGCUGUAUUACUAUGUUUUCCAUACUUUUUCCUUAAGUCUAUCAAAAAUAUUUUAAGUAAAUUGUAAAUAGAUGCUGAGAAAAUGUAGUACUUGUUUGAACUUUUUUGAGUGUUAUGCAUAUACAUUUUAUAUUUUAAAAUAAACUGAUAAAAAAGA